AUGAGGAACCGAAACAGCAACAUGGACGGAGGAAGAUUGGCAGAUGAUCAGGCGGACACUAGAGAGAUGAUACGGGCGAUGCAGCAGAGAAUGGAUGAGAUGCAGAGGAACUAUGAAGCGCAGAUGCUGAGUCGGGUACAACAGCAUCGGGAUGCUGAGCGAGUAGAGAGUCGUCUUCCACCCACGGGACAUGAGCAAUCACAACCAGCCCGGAUUGAAAGGACACAGGUUUCGAGGGGAAAUCCGUCACACACGGCGGCGGAGAGCUCAGGAGCAAACAACGGGGGCCGCCCGUCGCGCCAACCGAUCCCCGCGUCGGGGUCCUCCCCCUUCACUGCGUAUAUUUUGGAGACACCGCUACCGGAGAAGUGGAAAGUGCCGACGUUUGACAAGUACGACGGCACGACUGACCCAGACAAUCACAUGCGUGUCUUCAUGCAUCAGAUGAUGUUUCACGCCGUCAGCGACCCCAUCUGGUGUCGGGUCUUCUCAACUUCGUUGACUGGGGAGGCGUUGGAGUGGUUCUCCGAGCUACCGGCCGGUAGUAUUGACUCGUUUGCUACUUUGAAGGCAAGGUUCAGCACACAGUUCGCGCCCCUGAAACCGGCCAUUCUGACGGUCGAUAAUCUAGUGAAUAUCCGACAAGAGGAUGGGGAAUCGCUGAGAAGUUACCUUGAUCGGUAUAAUCGGAUGUCGGUCAAGAUAAGAGGUCUCAGCGACGAGAUCGCGCGACAUCACUUUUCUUAUGGACUCCAGCCGGGAGUUUUUGCGGACAAGAUAAGCCGCAAGAAACCGAAGACGAUGGAAGAGAUGAGGGAACGCGCGGCCAAAUUCAUACAGAUGGAAGAUAUGCAGGAGUUUAAGGUAAAGAAGAGGGAGAAGGAGGAUGUCGCACUCCCGAAGCCGAUCGUGCCUAGACCGAACAAACCCGCAGCCCGACCCACCGAAAGGAAGCCACCGAAGUUCACAACUUACACUCCUCUGGCUGUUCCCCGGGCCAGGAUCCUGCAAGAGGCUUUCAGCGCUGAUUCGCUCCCCGCGGUUAGGAAGAAGCCACCGCCACCCGAUGCCGACGGCAGCAAACAUUGCCAGUACCAUCGGACAAUCGGACAUACUACUGAAGAGUGCCACACGCUCCGUGACAAGAUAGAAGAGCUCAUUCGGCAGGGACACUUGAAGAAAUACAUUCGACAAGAUCGUCCCCCAUGGAGUCCGGUGAGGAACCGAAGUCCGAUGAGAAGAGUCCCCCCAGCCCGAUCUGAGAAGAAAAGAGAACCCGAGCGCGAGAAACGAAGGAGAGGACCAUCCCAGUCACAUCAAAGUCCAAGAAGGAGUCGUAGUCGUAGUCAUGAUAGACCCCUGAGGGGUUACAUAAACACCAUCUCCGGAGGGUUCGCCGGAGGAGGGUCGAGCUCCGCAGCUCGAAAAAGGCACGUUCGGGCGUUGAAGUCGGUUCAUCUGGUCGAGAGGAAGAUCCGCUCGAUGCCCCCCAUCACAUUCACGGACGACGACUUCAAGGCACCCGAUCCCGAUCAUGAUGACCCGAUGGUUAUCUCGAUAGAGGUGGCCGAGUAUGGGAUCGGGAAGGUGUUGGUCGAUCAGGGAAGCUCUGUCAACAUCCUAUACUGGAAGACUUUCCAGAGGAUGAACCUCUCCGAGGACCUGAUUGUACCAUACAAUGAGCAGAUAGUAGGUUUCUCGGGCGAGCGGGUCGACACGAGGGGAUAUGUGGACCUUCGUGCGAGGAUCGGGUCAAGGAAGGACGGCCGAGAGGUAAGGGUUAGAUUCCUUUUGGUUGAAGCUAACACCUCGUACAAUGUAUUGCUAGGGAGACCCUGUUUGAACGCCUUCGGAGCGAUCGUGUCUACCUUGCACCUAGCCAUGAAGUUCCCGUCGGACAAAGGGACGAUUUGCACGGUACACGCAGACCAACAAGUCGCCCGGCAAUGCUAUGCCGUGGGAUUGAGGAUUACUCCUUAUAGCCGCCCGCGAAAACAACAUCGUUCGGAAGUAGCGAUGACAGACCUAGACCACCGAACGAACACGGAGGAUCGGUUGCAACCAGAAGGAGAGACCAAGGAAAUCCUGAUCGGGAGCCAACCAGGACAGGUCACCAAGAUUGGGGGAGCCCUGAGCGUUGAAGACGAAGACCUCCUCAAGACGGUGAUCUUAGAAAACAAAGAUCUCUUUGCAUGGUCGAGCGCAGACAUGCCUGGCGUCCACCCAGAUGUGAUGUCCCAUAAGUUGGCCGUCUUCCGAGAAGCUCGUCCAGUCGCGCAGAAGAAGAGAAAAAUGGGAGAGGAGCGGAGGAGAGCGGUUGAGGACGAAGUCAGGAAGCUUGAAGGAGCGGGUUUCAUCAAGGAGAUCAAAUACACUACGUGGUUGGCAAACGUCGUCAUGGUGAAGAAGGCGAGCGGGAAGUGGAGGAUGUGCACAGAUUUCACAGACCUAAACAAAGCCUGUCCGAAGGAUGCAUAUCCGCUGCCUAGCAUCGACAGGCUGGUAGAUGGAGCCUCAGGACACAACCUCUUGAGUUUCUUAGACGCCUACUCAGGGUACAACCAGAUCCCCAUGUAUGGCCCAGACAGGUCUAAAACGGCGUUCAUCACCGACCGGGCCAACUUCUGUUAUGAGGUCAUGCCAUUCGGCCUAAAAAACGCAGGAGCAACGUAUCAGAGGCUGAUGGACCGGGUCUUCAGGGAGCAGAUCGGUCGGUCUAUGGAGGUAUAUGUUGACGACAUGGUCGUGAAGUCCCAAACAACCGACGAUCAUGCACGCGAUCUCAGAGAGGUCUUCCACCAGGUGCGCAAGUACAAUAUGCGUCUCAACCCUGAGAAGUGUGUCUUCGGGGUGCCAGCAGGGAAAUUCCUGGGUUUCAUGCUGACCGCCCGAGGCAUAGAGGCAAAUCCAGACAAGUGCGCUGCUAUUGUCGAGAUGAGAAGUCCUAAAAACUUGAAGGAGGUUCAGCGAUUGAUGGGGCGGCUGACUUCUCUGGCAUGUUUCCUACCCAGGUUGACGGAGAAAGUUAGGCCGAUACUGAAAAUCAUGAAGAAGCAAAGUGCAGAAAAAUGGGACGAUCAAUGCGAGGCGGCGUUUCAGAAGAUAAGGGAGAUGAUCAGUAGUCCUCCCAUAAUGUGCCGACCGGUGGAAGGAUUGCCUCUACAACUGUACCUGUCAGUAUCGGACGACUCAAUCAGUGCAGCCUUAGUACAGGAAACCUCGGAGCAGCGGCCCGUUUACUUCAUCAGCCGAGUAUUGCAGAGUGCAGAAACGAGGUACCAACAGAUAGAGAAGAUAGCCUUGGCGCUGUUGACGGCCGCGCGCCGAUUGCGCCAAUACUUCCAGAGUCACCUAGUGAUCGUCCGUACCGAUCAUCCCAUUGCCAAGAUACUCCGGAAGCUCGACUUAGCUGGUAGGAUGAUCGCCUGGUCGGUCGAGUUAUCCGAGUUCGGUCUUAAGUACGAACCUAGAGGAUCCAUCAAAGGGCAACAUUUGGCCGACUUUGCAACUGAGCUCCAAGGAUCGAUCCCCCCAUCGGAACGCAUUUGGACUCUCUUCGUGGAUGGGUCAUCGGAUAAGCGUAAUGCUGGAGCGGGGAUCGUCAUCGAAGGGCCGAACGGCUUCACGGUUGAACACUCCUUGCAGUUCAAGUUUAAAGCCUCGAACAAUCAAGCAGAGUAUGAAGCGCUGAUCGCCGGACUAAGGUUAGCAAAAGACUUAGGAGCGGCGAAGUUAAAAUGCAACACAGAUUCGAAACUUGUGGUAGGACAGGUGCUAGGAGAAUAUCAAAUUAAGGAUGAUUUGCUGCUCCAGUACUAUCACAAAGCCGUUGAAGCUAUGAAAGAAUUCGAAGAGGUGACCAUCCAUCACAUCCCCCGAGCAGAAAACACCAGAGCCGACAGACUAUCUAAGCUAGCGGAAGGAAAAGAGAAGGGCCAGUUAAAGACAAUUAUCAGGCAAACCUUGAUGAGACCUUCAGCGGGAGAAUGUGCUGCAGUGGAUCGAUCGGCCGACUGGAUCGGGGAGGUGCGAGAACUUUUAAAGAGAUGCGAGGCUGGCGAAGAAAUCAGACCGACGGAGAGAAGACGAGCACUCCGAUUCGUGAUCAUUGGAGAAGAUCUAUAUAAGAGAGGCUUCACGGCGCCCCUCCUCAAGUGCUUAUCUGCAGACAAAGCGGAGUAUGUCAUGAACGAGGUCCAUAACGGCAUUUGUGGAAUGCACACCGGUCGGAGGACGAUGAAAGCGAGAAUACUCCGAGCGGGAUAUUUUUGGCCGACCAUGGAACAAGACUGUGAAUCCAUGAUACGCAAGUGUGAAGGAUGCCAAGCCCAUGGAAAUGAUGUAAAGAAGGCUCCGACCGAGUUACACAGCUUGACAGCUCCUUGGCCGUUCACUCAAUGGGGCAUGGACAUCGUCGGACCUUUCCCGGUUGGCCGAGCGCAGAAGAAAUUCAUACUUGUAGCAGUAGACUACUUCACCAAGUGGGUCGAAGCGGAGGCUUUGGCUAAUAUCAUCGCUCGGCAGGUCCACUCCUUCGUCUGGCGCAAUAUCAUAUGUCGCUUUGGCCUCCCCCACACGAUCAUCACCGACAACGGUCGUCAGUUCAUCGACAAAAAACUGAGGGACUUCUAUAAGCAGGUAGGGAUAAGACACGUCACCAGCUCGGUCGAGCAUCCCCAAACCAAUGGCCAGGCUGAGGCCAUGAACAAGGUUAUAGUGGCUGAGUUGAAGAAAAGGCUGGGAGAAGCCAAAGGAGCAUGGGUCGACGAGCUACCACAAGUCCUUUGGGCCUAUCGGUGCACGCCUCAUGGGACGACGGGAGAAUCUCCUUUCAACCUCACAUAUGGUACAGACGCCAUGCUGCCAGUCGAGGUAGGGGAGCCGACUCUUCGGCGGGAAAUGCAAGAUCUCGAGGUGAAUUGCGGACGACUGCGCGAGGAGUUAGACUGGACGACCGAGCGAAGAGAGCGAGCAACUGUACGAGCUGAAGCAUGCAAGAGAAUGGUGGCUAGAAGGUAUAACGCGAAGGUCAAACCAAGAAGCUUCGUCAAAGGCGAUUUAGUAUGGAGGAAAACCAAUGACGCCCGAAAGAAGUCAACACAGGGAAAGCUAGCGCCAAACUGGGAGGGCCCGUUCCGCGUGACCGAGAGCCUGCAGAACGGAGCCUAUUGGCUAGAGCACUUGAGCGGUAAAGAAAUACCCAACACGUGGAACGCUUCACACCUCAAAAUGUAUUACAGUUAA